AAUAGGUACCCAGCACAUGCAACCGGGAGUUAUCAAACAUUAACAAAACCCCGAGCCUAUCUACUUCUAACUCCGAUGCUAGAAAACAUAUCCAACCAUGCCUCUACCACCCAUUCUUAAAGGCAGCUGUCUCUGCCCCAAAACCUCCUUCACCUCCACCACAUACCAUCUCCAUCUAACUCACUGCAACUUCCACAACCCCAUCUACAAACAACCCCCCCAAAACCCCAACCAGCAGCAACAAUGGAGCGCCCACACUAAGGCGCUCAGCUAAAUAGCCUCGCGCGACUUCUGUGAAUCGUGCGGUUCGACAGUUUCCAUGCAGUAUGAUGUCGAGCCGGAAAGUUUUGGGCCCGGCGGCCGGCUUCAUUGAUGGAAAUUUUGGCCAGGUUGACACUGCGGAGGUGUUGAAAGGGUUACCGCAGAAACAUAUCUUUCUGAAGGAGAAGGCGGGAUGGUUUGGGGUUGAGAGGGGUGGGGUGGACGAGGGUUGAGUGGGAGGGGUUUUCAGAGGAUCGGGAGAGGAAGGUUGAGAUGAAGAAGGGGGGGGGGGGGUUGAAUAGGAGAGAGAAGGGGGAGUGGUAUACCUGAUAAAGCUAAUGUGCAUAUGCAAGCCAUGGAAGCUGGAAUGGCCGAUUCGUGCAUUCGGUCAGCCAUUCUUUGUUGGACACCGGGUGCUGCGGGGCUGCUACCGUCGCACACAAUAUAUGUAUGUUACGAGAUGCACGACAUUGAGUAACUUAUGAUGAUAAUCUGACGAGUAACGUAUGUCAACGGCAAGUACGACGGUUGCAGAGAACGGGAGUUAAAAUACAAAUACGCCACACCCUGAGAUUAACGUUGAUGUGAGUCUUGAGGACGGGAGGUUCACAACGACAAGCCAGCAGAAAUAUCUGAAAUAUUUUCGAAAUAUCUAUCCCAUUGAGUUGGGGAAAGCUUGCUGCCCUAGAUAUCUCGCCAGCCAAAGCAUAUAUAUAAAUAUAUACUAAUAUCAACCCCCAUCAUUCAAACCAACGGCGUUAAUCAAAUCCAUACUAUCUAUACAACUCACCGAGCCCCUCGAAUCCUCCUCCGAUCACCCACUCACCACACCACAAUGACCCUAGCCCCCGCCCUAAUCCCCGUAAUGCUCCGCUUUUCCCACCUCUCCACUCCAAUUCUCAUCGACCCCUGUAUAACCCACGGCGCCCUCCUGCGCCUAAUCCAGAACGAGAUCCAAUCGCGCAGCCCGCACCUGAUGGAAGACUUUACCUUCGAGGGCUUGGAGAUCCUCUGGGACCAGACGACGGGGGCUGGUAAUGCGUUCCCGCCAUCGUCGCCGCUCGAUCAGUAUAACUUGCAAGCUACGCUGUCUUUGUUGAGGAUGAGGCAGGGGAGGGAUGCGUUGUGUUUGAGGAUCGCGCAUGUUAAGGGGGCGGCUAUGAGGCUUGUCUGAAGGGGUGGAGAGAUAUGUUUUAAUGUCCUGUGUUAGUUUUUUUCUGGUUGUUUGAUUGACGAGCUGCUGAGGCGGAGAGCGCUAUUGUGCGAGGGACCGAGGGGGGGGGGUGGAGCAUGUUUAUUCCCUGACAGGUGGGGGUGGAGCGGGGCGGGGCGGGGCGGGACACGAUCGAAAAGGUUACCGGACUCGAAAGCAGGGACAGCCAGAUUUAUUUAGAACAGCUUAUUCAAUUAUUAUCACAUUAUGAUCUGGCCCCAAAUGGGACAUAAUAACAUUUUUUCCAGAA